UUGACAAGACGAAUGACAGACGGCGGGGAACAGCUCGAUUGCAGCUUUAUUAAGACAAUUUAGAGGAAAUAAAUGACUCGUUGACAAGAUUAUAUCCGCCUGUACAAGUAAAUUAAAUGAAAAUGUGGCUUAUAAAUAUUGUUUAACAUAUAUUUGCGUAUGUACAACGGGUGCAUCGUAGUAUAAAAAUGUAUUUUCAGUGCACCAUAGGAGCCAUUUUUACGGUAUUUAUUUUGUGCGUUCAAUGUGAUAAUGCAGUUAAUUACAACGAAAGUAUGAAGAUUUAUGUUCCGUCCGAACCGCUGAAUUUAACAGUUAUCAAUGUGACUAGCGAAAUUAUUCACCUCUCAUGGACUCCGCCGUCCAAUUUCAAUAUACAACUGCUGACAACAGCCAGUGAAGAUCCUAAACAAGACCCUGAUCAGGCGACGGAGAAAGCUAAACACGAAACACUAUCAGAUGAACCCGUUAAUGACGUGGAAUCUCACGCUACACUAACUGACGCUUCAACGAUCCCGGAGAAAUUAGAUUAUUCACCAUUCCUAUAUAAAAAUGACAAGUCUAAAUACAACGAUGAAUAUGCAGCAUCAGAUAUACUAUUCGACAAAUCAUAUCGUAGUUUAAGAGAGAGACGCUCCCAUCGACAUAGAAAGAGACGACAGGAUAGUAAUUCGACUGACCCGAGGCUGCAUUUGGAGAGAGUUCCAGAAGAUACGCACGAAGAGUUUCAAUUACCGAUAGAGGUGGUUAAGAAAGCAGCAGCCAGUAUACCUCAUAAGGAUUUAACGCAGAUUGCAUACGUGUUGUAUUAUGAACAAGGAGUGCCGAAGUAUAAUGCGGCCUCUAUCGUAGGUGUACAAAAAUCUGCGGAUGUUAAACAGAAUAAUGUAUUUCCAAGUGAUUUGGGCAUAGAAAACUAUUCGAAGACGACGAGGAAUAUUACAUUGUUGAACAAAUUGGGCGUGCUCACAAAAGUAGUUGGAUUUCGACUAAGAAAUUUAAAACCAUUCACACCAUACAAGAUAUGGGUGAGGGCUUUCUACAAGUUCUCAUUCAGUGGCGUCAGUUCAUCAGACUUGUUGGAGCGACUGGGCCCUCAAUCCGAACCUUUGUACGUACUGACUGAUGUCAGGCCGCCGUCAGCGCCUAUCAUAUUAAAUCUGACUUGUGAUCAGCCUAAUGGAAUUCUAUAUCUUCAAUGGCGACAACCGCUAGAGUACAAUAACUCAUUGGACCAGUACGUGGUGACGGUGCGGAAGGUUCCAGAACAACAGCCGAGGACCACUCUAAGGCUGCCUACAAACAAAACUGACAUCGAUACAGCUAUUAAUGUGCCUGUGGAACUUUGGAAUGUUUCUCGAUAUGAAGUGAAGAUUUUUGCCGUGACUCUGUCUGUAGCUAAACCUGGGUCUCUUGUUAAUGGACUGGAAUCGCCGCCAGAGGAGGUGUCCAGCGAGUCGUGUGUGGCGUACAGCGCGGCGCGCCAGCCGAGCGAGAUGACGCGGUCGGGGCGCAGUGUGGGCACGGCGGCGUUACUUGCGGUUACGUUGUUAGCUGUUCUGGCUGCUGUUGGUGCUGCAGUCUUGUACUGGAGAUGCCGUUCCCGGUUGAGUAAAUGCAUCAGUGCGGCGUACAAUUAUCUCGAAGAGGGAGGUGAGAGAGCGGCGCGGGCGCCGUUGAAUGUCUACAAGAAACCAGCGCUGUGCUCUCCGCUGCGCGGGGGUGGUGCCGGGGGCGGGGGCAGCGUGUGCGGGGGCGGGGAGGAGGCGGAGGCAGCUCGUCCCCCGCGUAUGGGCGGCGCCGCGCGCCCGCCACUCCGCGCGCGCGCCUUCGUCAGGCACGUCGCCGCGUUGCACGCUGAUGGAGAUAUCGGAUUCAGUAAGGAGUAUGAAAUAGUGGUAGCGAAGUCUGCUGCUCUCGGCCACACCAGUCACCACAGCUAUCGUCCUGAGAACAGACUGAAGAAUCGAUAUUUGAAUAUAACAGCUUAUGACCACUCGCGGGUGUGUGUGUCAGCGGGCGCGCGGUGCGGCGCGGCGGGGUGUGUGGGCGCGGGGCGCGGCGCUGCCUGCGACUACGUCAACGCUAACUUCAUAGACGGCAUGCUGCCUGCGCUGGACGCACGCGCUGAGCGGCGUAUCGACCGUAAACUGCAGCGACGAGCUAAACCACAGAGGCAACCGUCAGUGAAGCAAUCCAAGCCACCUCCUAACUUGGCGGAGGGAAUCGAGUCGGCGUUCCUAAACAUCGAGUUCUCCGGCAUCGUGGAGUCGGAGGACCAGCCCGAGGACUCUGACAGCGACAGGAGUGAUGACGACAGCGACCUGGAUGACGUUUAUGUGGAUAUCAACGGGUGUGGUCGUCGUGUGAAACUGGAGUGGGUGGUGUGGCGGCGGCGGUACAUCGCGACGCAGGGCCCCACGCCCGCCACGCUGGAUGCCUUCUGGCGCAUGAUCUGGCAGCACCAGGUCCACACGGUGGUUAUGAUCACCAAUCUAGUCGAACGCGGCAGGCGUAAAUGCGACAUGUACUGGCCGGCGGGCGGGCGCGGCAGCAGCGCGGAGUUCGGCGGCGUGCGCGUCACCUUGCUGCACGAGGACGUGCGCGCCGCUUACACCGUGCGCCGCCUGCGCGUGCGCCUCACACACAAGUGUGAAGGAGGUGAAGAUAGUGCGGACAGUGGACGCAUCAUCCUGCAAUACCACUACACGGUGUGGCCCGACCACGGCACGCCGCGACACCCGCUGGCCGUGCUGCCCUUCGUGAAGGCUGCCUCUGCUGACCCCGGAACCGUGCUUGUACAUUGCAGUGCUGGAGUUGGCCGUACUGGAACCUAUAUAGUACUGGACGCACAAUUAAACCAAUUAAAAUUAACCGGAACUCUCUCCCCGCUCGGUUUCCUCUGCCGUGCGCGUACGCAGAGAAAUCACCUCGUGCAAACUGAAGAACAAUACGUGUUCGUACACGACGCAUUACUAGAACACGUACGUUCCGGUAACACGGAAGUAGAGUUCGCCAAAGCGAGAGAAUACCUCCAGAACCUUCUAGAAGAUAUAUCAGAAGAAGAACUAGCGGUCAUGGAUCUCAAUCUACCAAGAACGAAUAUGAAUGAAGUUAACGGAGAAACUUCUAGUAUAAAAUCCAGUCAGAAUAUAACGGAUAAAGAUGAAAUGGUAGACGGCAGCCAAAUAUCAAUUAAGACUGAUGAAUUGAAUAGCGAAUUGAGUAAGUCUUCGGUAAGAGAAGGGGACAAUGAGGAGCAGAGUACUGGACUUGUGAAUGGAGAUGAGUCGGAGGGAGUAUAUGACUUAGCUCCAAGGUCAAAUGAUACCUACAGCAAGAAUAUGGCAGCUUAUAAUAAUUUAAAUGAACAGGAAAAGGAAGAAAUGCGAAGGGCAAAUAGAGCAGAAAAUUACGCGUUAUUAGAACGGAUGCGGUCGCUUGCUAAUAGAAACAACGUGUACCAAGGACCACCGCCUGUUAACUUGCUAGAAAAACAAUUCCAGUUAAUAACUCGUUCGUGCGUGGAGCCGAGUGUGUGCGCCCGCGCACCGCACAACGCGGACAAGAACCGACCUGGUGGUAUCCUACCUUCGGACUCCGCUAGAGUCAUGCUGGUGCCCAAGCCUGGAGUCGAAGGCAGCGAGUACGUGAACGCGUCGUGGGUGUGCGGGUGGCGGCGACUGCGCGAGUUCGCGGUGGCGCAGCACCCGGGCGACGCGCCCGAGCUGUGGCGGCUGCUGUGGGACCACACGGCGCAGCUGGUGCUGCUCCUCCACGACCCUGAUGACCCUGAGUGCGAUGUGUUCUGGCCGACGGAGGAGGACAAGGAACUAUUCGUGGCCAACUUCAGAGCGAGCUUCGUGUGCAAGGACGUGUACGUGGCGCAUAGAAAGAGCGAGCGCGCGCCGGCGGAGGCUGAGCCCGAGCUCAGCGGACAUCGUCGCCAGGGGAGCGAGUGCGCGGACGACGAGCGACUGAUACCCGACACCUCCCCGGUCCUCGACACGGAGCCCGCAUACAGGUUCGACAGGACCGAGCUCAGGCUGGAGCGACUCAGCGCCGGCAGCAGGGACCUCUCCGCAAGAAAAUCCAUAGCCAACGGAGACCUAUUCUCCUCCCUCUCAGAAAAGAAAAACGGACCAAAAUCCCCAAAGAGCCCAUCAAAAAUGUCCUUGAAGAACUUCAAACUCAGCUCCCCCACGAAGUUCAAGUUCCCGGAAUGGGGGGCGCGGACAGCGGGCUCUCCCCCCGACACGGCCCCGCCCCCGCCGCCAGUGGAGCCCGCCCUCUCCGUCGAAGAGGAGACCGAGCUCCGGAGACCAUGUUACUACUUCGAAAAAGUUACCGAAGUGCCGGACAAUGUACCAUCAGAUAGGAUUAUCGAGGUUACUAAUGUUAGUGUGCACUCGUUGCAAGACGAUUACCAGCUAAGUGUUAAGUUUAUAAAGUGUAGUCGGUGGUUGGAGGGGGAGACGACCGCGUACGUGUCGGGCCGGCCUGACGACAACGAGUACGUGCGCGCGGUGCGGGCGGCGGCGGCGGGGGCGGCGGGCGGCGCGGAGCGAGAGCGAGCACUCGACGCACUGAUCGCACCCUACAGGGACUCCUUCGCACUCAUAGAGUUCGUCGCCGGCUGCCAGAUGGAGUACAAGAAUGGACCCGUUAUUGUUGUUGAUAAGUAUGGUGGUUGGAAGGCGCUGAGCGUGUGCGCGCUGAGCGCGGCGUGCGGCGGGCUGGGCGCGGAGGCGGCCGAGCUGUACUGCAGCUGGGCGCUGUCUGCGCACGCGCGCUGCCCCGCCGCGCCGCACUCGCCCUCCUCCUCCCACUCCCCGCACUCGCAGUCCCCCUCCUCCAGCGUCUCCCAGCCCCCGCACUCCGCGCACUCCCCGCACACACCGCACUCGCCCUCCGCGCUGCUCGCCACGUACUGCGCGCUCGCAGCAUACGGCCCCAUGCUCAGCGCACGUAAGAGCUGAACCGGGUAUCGCAGGCCGCACCUGAAUUAUUGCACAAUGUACUAAGUGCGUGUUAUCGCAGUCCGCCAUGUUCCAGCGCUGCUCGACUGUAAUUAGACAAAUUUAGCCAUUUUUUAUGGCAGCCAUCUUUGAUUUGACGCGUCAACCUCUCAAAAUGGCGGGGAACUGCUCGGUUGAUUUGGAGGUUAUUUAAAAACUGUGAUUUUUGAACGUUUCGCAUUUAUGUAAAUUAACUAUAUUAAUGAAUUUUACUUCAAAAUAAAUCAUAGACUUAUAAGGAAGGAAUACAAUUUUGUCUUUUUACAAUGAUUCCGAGGAAGUUUUGCCGCCAGUUGUAAAUCGCUCAAAACAUUUUGAACAAAGAUAUCGUUUAGUAGAAAUUAUUAUAAAUAAUUUGUUGGUAAGGCUUCUCUUAUGAAAUAAGAUGUGGUUGUGUACACGACGGUACGGAGAGGUGGCUAAGUUAGCAUUUUUUUUAUUAUAGACAGCUUGUAGAAAUAUGUAUUUAAUGUGAUGAUUUAUUAUAAUAUAUUUACCAAAGGACACUUUGUUAGACAUAUUACAUUGAUGUAACCAUAGAUUUAUAAACGACUAGUACUUGCUCUCGACUACGCCCGUGUGAGAUAAAAAAAUAUAGCCUAUGUUAUUCAUAGAUAAAUUACCUUUCGAACGGUGAAAGAAUUUUUAAAAUCAG